UGCUCUACGUUGUAACGUGUUCAUGACGCAACUUAUUAAAUUGCUAUGGCGGAGAAUUAGUGUAUGAUUAAAUUUAUUUAUUAUUCUGCUCUGUCAUUGUGGUAAGAUAAAGUUUAAUUCAAUUUCUAAGAAAGAUCAUGGAUAGUAAUAAAGAUGAGGCAGAACGGUGUAUGGAACUCGCAGAACUAUAUCUACGGGAAAAGAAAUACGAGGAGGCGGAAAAAUUUGUUCGUAAAGCACAGAAACUUUAUCCAACAAAAGAAGCAGAAGAUGUAUUAGCAAAAGUUAUAAUGAUGUCAAAACAAAAUCAAAAGUCUGAAUCUGAACCUACAGUUAGGAAACGUCAAGCUGCACCUAAAGAAUCCAUAUAUACUCAAGCUUGUAGUGAUUAUACAAAGGAACAGCUUGAACAUGUUAAAAGAAUCAAGAAAUGUAAAGAUUAUUAUGAAAUCUUGGGGGUAAGCAAAGAUGCAACUGAUAGUGAGAUUAAAAAAACAUAUAAAAAACUAGCCCUUCAAUUACAUCCAGAUAAAAAUAAAGCUCCAGGUGCUGCUGAAGCCUUUAAAGCCAUUGGAAAUGCUGUUGCUAUACUUACUGAUGUGGAAAAAAGAAAGCAGUAUGAUAUGUAUGGCCCUGAGGAGGAAAGAAUGCAAAGUGCUCAAACCCAUCAAAAUCAUUCACAUAAUUAUACAAGAGGAUUUGAAACUGAUAUUACAGCAGAAGAAUUGUUUAGUAUGUUCUUUGGAGGUGGAUUCCCACAGCAAGAAUUUUAUAUGAGACGGUCUGGGAGAUGGGCAAGACAACAAGAUGUACAAGCUCAACACACUCAUUCUCAGCAAGCAAAUGGAUACACCACAUUCUUUCAAAUGUUGCCUGUGCUAUUAUUAAUAUUGUUAACUAUGAUGAGCAGUUUCUUUAUAUCAGAUCCUGCAUAUAGCUUGCAUUCUAACGCAAAAUAUUCUGUACUGAGAACAACUCGAGGAUUAAAGGUGCCCUAUUAUGUCAAAGAAAACUUUCAUACUGAAUAUCAAGGCAGUUUACAAAGACUAGAAAUUUCAGUUGAAGAAGAGUACCUGAUUAAGUUGAGACAUGACUGUUUUAGGGAGAAAAAUUAUAAGGAAACACUGAUGUGGAAAGCAAGAAAUUUUGGAGAUCAAGAUUUAUUUACCAAAGCUAAAAAUGUCGAAACACCCUCAUGUAAGAAGGUAGAAGCAAUGCGAGGAGCAUAGCGGCGCCAUGCUACUGAAUAGAAUUUUGUUGUAGAUAGAUGUAUAUUGUAUUUACACGUGUGUAGUUACUACUGGAUAAAAUGAAGAAUAUCAAACAUAAUAUAUGUGUGAAUAUAUUAUAUAUUUUCGCAUCAAAAUUUGUAAAUGAUAUUCUUCUUGGUCCAUCAUGAAUUUUUAUAUAGGCCAUUUAAGCUGUUUGUUCCAUACUUAAAUUGUAAAUGAGUACAGAAUUGAUUGUAGUAGCAUAUAUGACGAAUUCCAGUAUAUAAUAUAAAUCUGUCAUAUUUAAUUUAAUUAGACUAAUAUUUUGAAUUGAUUAAACCGAAUGG